UAUGUCUCAUGCUCUUCCCCAAUUGUGAAAUACACUGAAGUUGUCCAAAUAGAUUAAUAAAUAAAAUAUCAAUGUUUGCAUGGUUAUAAAAUACUUGACAGCAAAUAGUUUUCAUAAAGCAUGUCUGUGGGUAAGACUUUUGGUGAUACAUCAAUAUGAAAUUCAAGUUCAGACAUUCUACAUGAGAAUACAUCUUAUUCUUCAAGUGCUAAUCCUCCUGUAUGUUGAUCAACAGUAUAUUUAUUUUGAUAAAUGUUGAGAAUGAUAUUGUGAGAGAAAUUGAGAAAAUUUGUUUGAAAAACCAACAUUUGUGACUAAAUUAACAUAAAUAUCUGUUCUCCUUGAUGUUCUGCCUGACAAAAUAGUAUAUACCGGUAACUUAUUUCAAGUGAAUUGAAGAGUAGAAAGAGUACAAUAUGGUGAACAGUACUGCUUCCAAGAAAAAUGUGCAAUUAGGAAACAGACCUUCUACAAAGAUGGGUUUUGCAAUAGUUAUACUACCUUUAAGAUGCAGAUGGACAUGAGAUUUUCCAGAGCAAGAAUAAAAUGGAGAGAGAUGAAAUGUGUUGAGUAGGAAAGAUAUUGUACUUAACAACACUUGAGAAUAUUGUAUAUUACUGGCAUCAUGUGUUGAUGGUGGCUGGAGGAUAGAGAAAACAAGAUAGUAGCUGGUAUUAUAGAGGUGUUUAACAACCUGAAAACAAAUUCAUCUUUAGUUAUUUUGUUUUCCCUAUUAUGUUUAUGCCUGAUAAAUAGUUACUUGGGUAAUAACUUGCCAGAAUUAUAUUAGUUCAGAUUUUGUUUCAGUGCACAGCAACUUUAUGGAACAAAGUAGUUUACAGAUUUAUAAUUUAUAUCCUUUAGAGAAAAGUUUGCACUUUAUGUUGAGUUAUGUUUAUAUUUCUUCUAGAUGCAGUUCAAGGUGCUGGUUGUCAUCUUUAAAACCUUUCAGGGCUUGGACCAGGGUAUAUCUGGGAUUGCUUAGUUCUGAUUAUAUCUGCCCACCCAAUAACUCCUCACUGCCUUCAUCCCUAGAAUUGCAUUCACAUUCUGUUGAUUUUACAGAGGUUAUUAAAAACUGCUACAUCAUCAGGACUGGGAAAUAGAUAUGUUAUGAGUUUGUUUUACCUUGUAGUAUGGUAGCAAUUGUUAUUGACAACUGCUUACUUGGUGAAUAGAAAACACAGAGUUGAUAACAAUUGGAAUAGCAUAUAAGCUUAAAUAAAAUAAUAAAUGGAUAGGUGAAUAAGUAAAAAAUAUAUUCAGGUCAGUGUGUUUAUGAGUAACACCACUUUUAACAAGAGAAAGUUGUCUAUCUAACCCAUAUUUGUAUUCUGUAACAUUAAUGCAUGGUACCAAUGGUACAAAUGGAAUUUCUAUACUGAUAAUCUAUAUAUUAUAUGAUGGAGAAAUAAAAUACUUAAAGGAAGACAUGGGGUAGUUGAUUGAUAUCAUGAUUUGCAUUACAUGGUUAGGGAAGGCAAGAAUAUUUUCUAGUACCAGUAGGCUUCAAUAAUUUUAAAAUAUGGAUAUUAGCUAGAUUCACUGCAGUUUUGAGAUACUACAAUCAAUGGGACUGUAUAUUUCCCAGCAAACUGUUCCAGAUAAGAAACUGGAUUGAUUACAGUUGAUAUAAUAAUCUGUGUUCAUUUGGAGCCACAUUAGUUCUUUCAGUUUAACAUAAUGAAUGAAAUGUUUUCUGAAGUGGCGGUAUGAUGAGGAAGGAUGCUUUAACAGAUUUAAAAUUAAUCUAAAUUUGGGUGACACGUUUUCAUUCUGCAUUCUAGAUAAUUUAAUUAAGAGUUGAUUUAAAUAUUAUUUAUUCUUUUAUUGCUUGCUUUAAUACAGUGUGAUGGAUUGCCUGUAGUGCAAGUUAAUGACAGGACAGUUUCCGGAUAGUUACUGAACCUAUGCCUCACUUCAAAUUAAAUUCCAAAAAGUGUUUGGAGUGCAAAUGUAGCACCUGCUUUCUGUGGUUGCCAUGUGAACCUGGCAGAAGGCCCAAUUGUUUUAAAAAGUUGCAUACAUGUUUAUGCUCCUGCAUCCUCCAAAGUACUUUUUAAAGAAUCAAAUCAGAAAUGUUACACACUGCUCUAAUAAUAAAAAGCCUCCUUACACUGUAUUAUUAUGAAUGCAAACAAUACUUACAUAUAUCCAUAGAGUAACAUAUUGUUUGGUGUGCAGGCCUGAAAUUAUUGGGGACAAGAUUCUAUAGUAUUUUCUUUCUAUGAAUGUUUUUUUGGGGUGGAUGCUGAUUUUAUUGUUAUAAUGAUUAUGGGUUUUUUUUAUUAAAAUGUUACUUUAAAUCUAUUUUAACAUUGUUUUUGUAUUUUAUUACAAUUUAUGUUUAAUACAAAAGAAACGAGAAAGAAUACAGUGAUUUCAAGUUUUAUUUGCUUGCACUGACCAGUAUCAAUCCUCUUUCCAAUGUUAUCACUCCAUCUUCCCAAAUUACAGUAAUUGAGUAAUGGAAUAGAUUGAUUUGUUAGUGUGUCCAAACUUUUUAUGUUAACAAGGACUAUGACAUGCCAUAUGAAAUCAGUAUAUGCUGCAUUAUUAAUUGUUCUUGUGUAUGUACUGUAUCCUGCAUGGAGGGUAAUAAUUAAAGUCCCUCAUAAAGGCUACUUUCAAUAUACAUCUACCAAUAUUUUAUUGAUUUCAAUUCUGAAUUGUGUCAUGUCCCUCAAGUAUUUGGAUUAAGAAACUAAAUCAGCCCUUAUUGGUAGAUCUGCCCUUUUUUGUUCUUAUUAAUUGAAAAUGGGAUGAUGUUUUAAAGACUCGGAAGUAUGUUACAUUAUUAUUACUAUUUUGGAUGUCUUGUUUUUACAUGUCAAUGCUUCACCCUGUACAGUAUAUUAAAUUGUUGGGGGAUUUUUGGUUUCUUUUGGCUUUGAUCCUCUUUGUGUCAUCAAUCACUGCUGUAAAACUAACAGCUAUUUAAUAUGGUUAAGUAAAUGAUUUUUUAAACCUCUAACUGUCCUAAUGUACAGGUACAUUAUAUCACUUCCUCUUCAAUCAUAGAUUCCAGUUCAGCUACUCUUUUUAACAGAGAAAAGAAUAAGUAACAAUGAUGCCUUUAAUACCCUCAAACAACAUCUGCCUAUUUCAAGUCCUUGGGAAGAACUCGAAAGGUGGCUAAAAAUGCCAAAUCCAGUCUAAAUAUCUGGCUGACUAUACAACCAACUAAAAAUAAUAACAUAACACAGUCAUCAAAAUGAUUAAAUGGGACAUCUGUAAAAAUUAUCAUGUCCUAGUAUUGAAAAAUUUAUAGGGAUAUAGAAUUGAAAAAGUUAUUUAAAAUGAGGAGAACAAAAUAUUGUGGAAUUCCAAAUACAAACUGAUAAAAUCUUCGUUCAUAACACACCAGAUUUAACUCUGGUUGAAAAGAAGAUAAUUGAUGUAGCAAUGCCAAUAAAUAGUAGAAUAGAAAACAAAGAGUUGGAGAAGAUCACAAAGUAUCAAGACCUGAAAAUUAAAAUGGGAUUAUGGUAUAUGCAGGCCUUGUUGGGUGCCAUACCCAAAAAUAUUGGCUGACACUUAGAGAAUCUGUGCACAAAAUUUUCACCUGUCAAUUCCCCACCCCUUUAAGGAGCUCUGCACAUACUUGGAUCCAUGCUAUACUAUGCUGAUACAUUAUAACAUACUAAAUUCUUGAGAAGAAGUCACUGCACAUGAAUGCCAAUAUUAGCCAAAGAACUGACAGUUGUGAUGAUGUGAAUUAAUCAUCAUCAUUCAGCAUUGACAAAAAUCACAAUCAGUUGAUUUCAAAAGGCAGCUUUAUUUGGAACAGUUUAUAGCCUGCCAUCAGGCUUCAACAUGAUCAAACAACAUCUGCCUAUUCCAGAUCCCUGGAAAUGACUUGAAAGGUGAAUAAAAAAGCCGGAUCCAUUCUAAACAUCUGGCUGAUUGUGCAAUGAACCUUUAUGUGAGUCAAGCUUCAUAUGGAUAGUUUAAAUGCAGCUUUCAUGGGCAUUGUACUUUUAUUAUAUUUCCGGUAAUAAAAGUUGCUUUGUGGUUGAAUUACAUGUUUCAGUAAAGUAAUUUUUGUUAUCACUCAUUUUCUGCUUCCCCAGCAUUGUUCAUUUCACAUUUUUGGCACAUGUAUGUGGAAAUGUGCAAGAUUCUGUGUUUUGUUCAUUUCCACCUUCCCAUAAAUGUACCUAAAUUGUCAAAUAUGUCUUUUCUGUGUAUUAAAGAAAUUUGAAAAAAUAUAUUGAAUGUUUGUGGCCUCUUAUAAAUGACACAAUGAAAUUAUGUAUUAUCUGUUAGAAUUGACAUUCUCUUGAAUACAUAUUAUUCUGGAAAGUAUGAUUCAGAAAAUGCCACCUUCUACUAGGAAGAUUCUUCUUUAAAGGGCAACUUUUAUGUUUAUUCUAUGUCUUGCAAUGACCAGAACUCAAAAGAGUUUAAAUCUCAGAUUAUAAUAUGUACAUUUCUUUUAAUCAAACUGAUGGAUAUUUUAUUGCAAUAUCAUUUAACUAUUUUCCCUAAAUAAUAUAUUUCCAUACAACUUUGGAUGGAGGAAAAUCUAAUAAGUUCUAUGGACUUUGGGGUCCCAUUAAAAUGGUCUUAUAUGGCCCUAGCUUUUAUAAAUGUAAUUUGCUUUUCUGGUUAGCUGAUACUCAGUGUAUAAUGCUAGUACUGGCAAUUUCCAAUAAAAAUGAAAUUGAUGAAGUGAUGCCGCCUGGUGGUCAGUAUAAUUCAGAAGAGCAGAUAUCUUAGAUUGGAUUUUAAAUUACAUUGUUGUAUCUGUUUGAUUGAUUAUGUACUAUCAUGUUGGUAUCCACUUUUAGCAGUCACACUGACCGUUUUUCAACAGAGGAUCUGUCCCCAACUUGGACCUUCAAGACUUCCAUUGAUGCACCUAUUGCAACUGUACUGUCCAUCCACCUUGCUGGUUGGCCAUCCCUUCCUUCUGAUUAUGCCACAUACAAAUAUACAAUUUUUUCAUCUGUUGAAUGACGGCUUUCUUCCUGUGAACUGUUGUCGAUGUCUUCGUGCUAUAAAACCAGAGUUCCAUGACCUACACGUGCUUUCUUGCUCUGCUCCCCAAAAACAGUCAUGACUUAGUUAUUUCCAGAUAUUCAUCUUGUUCCACAGGAGUUACUUCACUGAUAUUCUGGAAUACAAGGUGCUCAAUGAAUCGAGAGCCCCCAUGAAUGAUACAGCCAGCUCUUGCCAGCAGAUGGCUAAAAAUUGCACCACACAUGUAGCAGGGAUGGCACAGGAGGACAGGGGUCAAGUACCACCCACUUUCUAUCAUGAUGCCAGCCAGGAACUUGAUUUGUCCACCAAGAUAUACAAAAGGGAAUCUGGGAGUCCUUAUUCUGUACUGGUGGACCCAAAAGCAAAUAAGCCACAUCUUCAUGACAGAGAGGAGCAGCCAUAUUUCAGGGAGGACAGAACAGUAGGAGAGGCCCGAGCCGUGAAAGAAGACAGGGAGAACUCUGACGACUUGCAGGAGGAGGACGAGGAAGAAGAUGAAGUGACUUACAAAAGGGAGCAGAUAAUAGUAGAGGUAAACCUUAACAACCAAACAUUAAAUGUUUCAAAAGGGGAGAAAGGGGUCCCUUCCCAAUCCAAAGAAACUGCUGUUCUUAAGACCAGUAGUGAGGAAGAGGAGGGUGACAGUGGGGAGGAAGAGGCCACUGAAGACAGUAAUGAUGAGGAGGAAAAUGAGAGGCAGAAGAAAAAAGAGCAAAGAGAGGAAAAUGAUAGUGUUGCACAAAGGAGGACAAGGAGAGCUGCAUCUACUGCAGCCGCCACAUCUUCCCCUACUUCCAGAACUACAAGGGGCCGUAGAAAGAGCAUUGAGCCUCCCAAGCGUAAGAAGAAAGCUGCAAAGGAGCCCAAGGCACCUGUGCAGAAAUCAAAGUGUGAAGAAAAGGAGACUUUGACUUGUGAGAAGUGCCCCAGAGUGUUUAACACACGCUGGUAUCUGGAGAAGCACAUGAACGUCACUCAUAGGCGCAUGCAGAUCUGCGACAAGUGUGGGAAGAAAUUUGUUCUAGAAAGUGAGCUCUCCCUUCACCAGCAAACAGACUGUGAAAAAAACAUUCAGUGUGUUUCCUGUAAUAAGUCAUUCAAGAAGCUUUGGUCCCUCCAUGAACAUAUCAAGAUUGUCCAUGGAUAUGCAGAGAAAAAAUUCUCCUGUGAAAUAUGUGAAAAGAAGUUCUACACUAUGGCUCACGUGCGAAAGCACAUGGUUGCACAUACUAAGGACAUGCCAUUUACAUGUGAAACCUGUGGAAAAUCUUUCAAACGCAGUAUGUCGUUAAAGGUUCAUUCACUACAGCAUUCAGGAGAGAAGCCUUUCCGAUGUGAGAAUUGUGAUGAAAGGUUCCAGUACAAGUAUCAACUUCGUUCCCACAUGAGCAUCCAUAUUGGACACAAACAGUUUAUGUGCCAGUGGUGUGGUAAAGAUUUUAAUAUGAAACAGUACUUUGAUGAGCACAUGAAAACGCACACUGGAGAGAAGCCUUUUAUUUGUGAAAUCUGUGGCAAAAGUUUCACCAGUCGCCCAAACAUGAAGAGACAUCGCAGAACUCACACAGGGGAGAAGCCGUAUCCGUGUGAUGUGUGUGGCCAGCGAUUCCGUUUCUCCAAUAUGCUUAAGGCACACAAGGAAAAGUGCUUCCGUGUUACCAGUCCUGUUAAUGUGCCACCCUCUGCCCAGAUCUCACUUGCCACAACGUCAUCUGCCACCACUGUAUCUUCUGUUGCAAACACACCAAAUCCACUUGCUCCCACUUCAGCAAUCAAUAUGAAUCCAGCGAGCACGCUUCCUCCUCGCCCAAUUGGCCAUCCAUAUUCUCAUCUGCAUCUUCAUUCACAUCAUCAACAUCAUCUUCCAGUCCCCGUCCCUCCAGUCCCUCAUUUGCCUCCACCUCCUGCUCUAUUUAAGAGUGAGCCUUUAAAUCAUAGGGGCCAAGGUGAGGACAGUUUUCUGCGACACCUAGCAGAAAAAAACAGUUCAGUGCAGCACCACUAACUGCUUGUCUUCUGCCUGCUAUUCUCAUGAUUUUAAAAAUCUGGAAUUGUGCUCUUCCCUAAGAAAAGGUACCAUUUUGACCCCAAGUAAAUUUGCAUUACUUUUGGUGAUCAUCCAACUUAGGGGAGCCAAUAGGACAGAUGCCCAAUUUGGCUUGCACGUUUUACUGUUGACUUUUAUAAAUUUCAAAAGGACAGAGAAUUGUGGAUUUUUUUAUAAUUUCAUAUCAGCUAAUGAGGUAUGCUUGCUUUUGUAUUCUGGAUUUUCUCCUCAAAUUGGGGAUGAAUCUGGUUUCCUUUGUACUAAUCAGAAAGACUGUGAGACUAAAUCCCAGAGCAUUAAUGAUCACUGUGUAUUGUUAAUUUCUUUUCUGCUCUGUAUGUGUGUGUGAGAGAGAGUUUGUGUGGGUGUGGGUGUGCUGGUUAUGGAGUGAACCAGCCACACGAUUGCAGAAUAUGAAGCAUAGGAAAAACAACAACAAUAGUAAACAGAUUUUAAUCUCAUUUGAAUAGUUCUCCUAACACACUCUUUAUUUUAUUAUAAAAAUUAUUUUAGAGUUUUUGUAUAGACCUAUUUAGUAGCCUGUUUCUAAAAUGAAAUGUAUUUCGAAUAAGCGAUGUAAUUUUUUUCAGUGUAGCUGGACCUAUGUUGUUACAAUAGAUAAUUUUUAUAAUCAUUCAAAUGUGAUUCUUUUAAGAAAAAAGAUGCAAAUAGCUUCUAUAGUAAAAAUUAUUCUUACAUCUGUACUGCUCUAAAAAGGUGCUUUGGCGUAUAAAGGAAGAAGCCCAAGAAGUCUCUUGUAAAGCUGCCUCAGAAGUGGAGAUAAUUUGAGAACUUUAUAUAACUUAUUUGUAAGGGGAGGGGAAUUUUUACUGUGAGACAUAUCUUCUUUCCAUGUCACUUGAGGGCGAUUAGAUAAGGACCUUGAACUACUGUAUGCCCCAAAAUUUCACUUCUGUUAUACUGAAUCAUGAAACAUUUCAGAAAGGAUUUCUCUUAGAUAGAGUGAAAAUUGCACAUGAGGAACAGUCUCAACCAAAUAUGGUUUCAAACAUAGUAUGCUAUCUUAUCACGGGCAUACCUUAGAACCUAGUUCAUUAUAGAGACAUGUGUUUAAGGUAUGAGUUAAAUUGGGACCGAUUUGAUGCUGCUUGUUUUUUCUUAAGUUUGUUAGGCGAUAAGCAAGGGAACUGCAAACUAAAUGCAAUUUAGUUGGAUCUGUAAAAAUUAAACCUGAAUUAGGCAAACGUGUGUGAAAACCAUUGUCAAAAUGGCUGAAAAAAUGAAUAUCAUGGAAUAUGUGCAUACGCUAAAGUUGUGUAAAGGAUAGAUAGUACUGAUUAUAGGGGAUAAUGUCUUUCAGGUUUGACCAUGUUCCACAGAUAAAUGGAAAGAAAUGUUGAAUGUUAAGCAAGUUGGUAAUUGUAUUUUUCUCAGUCUGCAACGGCUCUAAGUUGUGACAAAUAAAAUCAUAGUAAUUAACUUUGGAUAAAGUACAGCACCAUUUAAGGAUCUACUUAGUACCUUGAGGAGAAGGCAUAGAAAUUCCUUUAUACUUAGAAUCUAAAUUUUUCUAAGUUUAAUUUUCAUGCUCAAAGACCAUCAUGCUGAUUCCUAGGAUAUUAUUCUGCCUUGAAAAUUAGACUUUAAGUUUAAUUUAGAAAGGAAUAUUACCUUGGAUGAAACGGAAAGCCCUUGUUAUUCAUUCCCUUAGGCUGCUGGUUGUGUUUCCGCCUUUUAUUAACUUUGCAUUAAAAAUAAAAUAGCUGACUUUUCGGUAUCUAUUCAUAUUUGACUGAAAACUUCUUAACUCCUUUUUCUGAAAAAAAAAAAGUAUUUUUAAAAUGUUGUGGUAACAUUUAUUUGUUCCUUCUCCUUUUUUAGGCAGUAAAGCUAACUAUAAAAAUGAUAAUAUUUAACAGUUCACUAUCAUCUACUAUCUUGAUUGGUUUUAUACAUUCCAUGUCAUCUUGUAAAAUUGCAGUUCUGUAUAGAAUGCCACAGGCCAACAAUGUGGCCUGUAAAAUCCACUGUUCCAAAUUUAAAGGAAAAAGUCACACCUGAUAAAUCAAUUGUAAUCCAAUUUGCAAAAAGAAUUUUUUCAAUAAAUUUACAGUAUUUGGCUGCUAUUUAUGAAUCCUACUACUUGAGAGGAGUGUAUUUCUGUGCUCUCUGUUCUAAAAGUUAACAUCAUUCAUUUCAGAGCUGUGAACGAGUAAAGGGAACUAGAAAAAUGAGUCAAGUACCAUUGAAGUUUCUUCAUUCUUGUGUGGAUGAAUUUGCAUCUAUCCUAUUGCAAUAUUUAAGACUUCUUUUUAGAAAUAAUUUGGUUCAUUGCAAUGUCAUCCCUGUAAUCACAAUCAUUAAUGAGUAUGAACUGAUAGAGGUCUGCACUUUUGUCUUUAUACAAUGUUAUAGAAUACUUUUCAUUUUCAUUUUAAAAAUAUUUUCAAAACACAAACAACAUAAAUGUGUAGCCAUUCAGAAUCCAUUUCAAAUAUGUGGUACGUAAAUGUGUCAUUCUUAGCAUUAGUUUUGACUGAACUUGUCAAGCACUUCACAAAAUUGCAAUGCAUAUUGAAGUUAAAUAUGACAUUGUGUAGCUCUUCAGAGACACAUACAAUUUCAACAUAUUACAGUUGUGAAUUUCUAUUCAUUUGCUAGUCAGUGACUGUAAUAAAAAGGCCUAUUUAUUCUAUUAGUUUGUUUUUAUACUUGCAUUUUAGUAAUUAAUCCCAAAGGAGGAUCUAAAAAUCAAGCAAGAACGUUGAUUUUUUUUCAAGGGCUAAUGAAUUGUUUUUAAACUGCUGUAAGAUGAUUGAUUUUGAUACUAGAAUACAGCAUAUGUGACUCCCUCUCCAGAAAAAUGAUACUUAAACCAACCCCCUGAAAGACUAAAAAAGGCAAUUGUACAAAGUUGUAAGAACUAUUGUUCAGUUCAAUUCAUAACAGCAAAAGAACAUCAACUUAUUUUCUUCCCAUUACUGUAUAGAUAGUCCUCAAAACAAUUUAGUGACCAUUCAAAAUUACAGUGGUGCUGAAAAAUGUGAUUUACAAACCAGUUCUUAUACUUAUGGCUGUUGUAGCCGUUGCAGCAUCCUUUUGGUCAUGUGAUCAAAAUUUGGACACUAGGCAACCAAUAUAUAUUUAUGAUGGUUGCAGCCUCCCAGAGUCAGGUAAUCCCUAUUUCCAGCUUUCCUACCCAGUUGAGACCAAAGUCAGUGGGCAAAGCUGGACUUAAUCAUAUGAUUCACUUAAUCACAGUAAUUUACUUAAAGAUCACAGCAUAAAAUUGGAUGCAACACUUAAAAAACCACUUCACAUAGUGACAGAAAUUCCAGUACCAAUUGUUAUUGCUAAUCAAGGAUUACCUGAUAUUAAAAUAUGCUUGAUUUGGAAAUAAAUCUUUACUCUGGCAAUACAAGUAUUGCCUUGUUAUAUAUCUUGUAUGAUUUGAAGAUUUGAUGGUUGGAUUUAAUUUUAAUUUCGCAAUGAGUGAAACAGUAAGGAAUAUUCCUUUGCUGAUUUGCCUUAGUGGAAUAUUUAACAUUCUCCAAAAACUAAAGCAAUGGAAACAAGAACAACAAAAGAAAUCAAACUGUGGAAACUUUUCUCUCACAUUCUUCCUUUACCAUGAGUUGUCUGUAAAGUUGAUGUUUUUCUACUUACCAAUCAACUUAGAUUCUUGAAUGAGAAUGAAUGAAUGAAUGCUCUUAACAGUUUGAUUUUCAAGGUGGCAACAGAUGGCAUUUUAAUAAGGUUGAAGAACAGAUUGGAGAGGUGAGUUAACAAUGACAUGUUACAAUUUUGUCAGUGUAUUGUAGCAUAAAUAGAUCAUGUGCAUGCUUAAAAGGAGAAUUGUACAGUGUUCUGAGGUAGGUGGGUUUUUGCAUAAAUAAUGAUGGGUAAGAACUUUAGCACAAAUGUCAACAUACAUGUUGGCUGCGACUGCAAACAAAUUUGCAAAAAUUAGAAACUCUUUGCUAUGCUGUUUUCUGACACGAAGUCUGUUUGCUUUGGCAGGUCUGCUAUGUAGUGCUGAAUGCAUUCCCUGUUCUUUCUAAUAAUUCAUAUAUCUCCCUAAACAAAUAAAGUGUAAACAUUCUUCUACAAACUUAGAAAAAUGUUUUUCUCAUUCACUAUAGUUUUAUAUUUUUCCAGAUGAAAGAAUUUCUUUGAAUUAAUUAUUUGCAUACUAACAACCUUUCUGUAGUGACCUUCUUAAUUAAAUAUGUAUCCCUCUAUAACAUAUCUUAAGUGAAAUGGAAUAAGUUAAAUUCACAGUCAUAGUCUGUUGGACAUAUGUAAUAUUUCUUUUUGCUCAGUUAAUAUAAAUUAUUUCUGCUAAUGUUAUUUUCUGUUCUGACAGGCUGAAUUAGAUGCUAAACUACUCUUUACCACUGCUACCCUGCAUGCAAAUGAAAAUCUAAUGACCAUUUAGCCACCUAAAAUCAAAACUGAUUCAAAGGCAAAAACAAAAACUAGGUAGCAAAUGAGCAUGAGUUGCUUGAGUAUUUUUGUUCUUUUCCAUUUUUGUUGUAUUAACUUUGCUGUACUUCCUUGAAUCAUCUGACUCUUGAUGACUGCAUGAAUAUAUCUGUAUAGGUUUUGUUUGACAAUGAAUUCUGAAAUGACUUGCUUUUUGUCUUUUCAUUGUGCUAAUUUACACUUUGUAGAGAUUUGCAAUAUUGCUAUAAUGUUGUUAGGAGAACAAAAUAUUUCAGAAAGUAGAGGUAGUCACUGGGAAGGCACAUCGUUGAAGUCUCAUAAAGUGGCAGCGGCUCAGUGAGGAGACCUGAAGUUUCAUCAGUCUUCCCUGAUGAAAUAUGUGGGUGGGACAGAUAUCUUAGGAAAUAGGCAGUUCCAUUAAUAAUCUGAAAUUGGGUGUUGAACAGCACCUUUAAUUGCAUCUGAAAGCCUAUGGGGAAUAGGUGCAGCUUGUAAAAUGGAUAUAUCAUGUGGCCAUAACAGGAAAUACCCAUAAUUAGCUAUACAACCACAUACUGGAUUAUCUUCUAAAGUAGUUUAAUUGGGGGUGGAGGGGUGGACUAGAUAGAUUUUUUUUUGUAAGAUGGACAAGAGUAUAUGGAACACUAGUGCAGUGCUUUUUCCCUGAAAAGGAAGCUUUUCUGUUGUUGACUGGAAUGUGUUAUACAUAUACACUGUAUUGUUUUAUAAAAAAGUUUGUCUUCUGCUUGGCACUGUUAAAACCUGGAGCAGAGAGGCCAUCUUAAUCCCUACUGAGAAAGAAUACUUAAGAACUUACAUGCAAAUUUAAUUGGAUUUAAAACAAUAAGAAAAAAGAUGCAUUUAUGAAGCAGUUUUUGAAAUGAAAAGAAACAGGACCAUCUUAUAUGUGAAAACUAAAAUGUAAUUUAAAUAUGGUUUUCUAUGACUGCAUACUGUACCUCUCUCUUCUGUCCACCUAUUCUAUAUGUCCCUUUCUGUUUCCCAGUUUCCCUGUGAAUUUUUUCCCAUCAGUGUUCUUGCUGAAAUAUUUCAAAUGCUGUGAAAAUUAAAAAUUGGAUAUUAUUUUUGUUGAAUUACAUAGUCACAACUAUUUUAUAAUGUAUGCAACCUUUAGUAUAAUUGAUAGAAAUAUUAUUUCAGCUUAACUGAGAUAUUUUCCUUGGCCUGUAGAAUCCUGUAUAUAACUGAGAAUGACUUCAAAAGAAAUUGCUGGUUUGUGCAAUUUGUUCUUUUAUUCUUUGUAUGCUUAAUAGAUAUAUAGACAAAUGCACACUGACGGACCAAGCAAUUCUGCUACUGUGAUACUAAACAAAUUCUAGUUAGAUAGACAUUUAGGCAGAUAUUCCAACAGCAUUUCUUGAUUAUUUUUGAACUUCCA